AUGCUAAACUCUCAAGGUCCCGUCAAUUUUGGCGUCCUGCUCUUUCCUACCUUCCAGGCUCUCGAUGUUUUCGGUCCACUCGACGCCCUGAACAUCUUAUCCUUGAGUCACCCAAUUAAUCUCGCCCUCAUCGCCGAAACCCUCGACCCAGUCAACACUGCGCCAAUCAGCCCGUCCAUGAACAUGUUCAACAGCAACUUCUCCGAAUCCGUUCUCCCGACGCACACCCACGACACCGCGCCGCCUCUCGACGUCCUCAUCGUUCCCGGAGGCCUCGGCACCCGCGCCCCCGUCUCCCGCCUGCAACCCACCCUCUCCUACCUGGAAUCCGUCUUCCCAGACCUCUGCUACCUGAUCACCGUGUGCACGGGCGCCGGGCUCGCCGCGCGGACGGGAAUCCUCGACGGGCUGUCGGCCACGACCAACAAGCGGGCGUGGCACGAGACGACGGCGCUGGGGCCGGCCGUGAAGUGGGUGCCGCGGGCGCGGUGGGUGCGGUCCGACGAGAGCGGCGGCAAGGUGUGGAGCAGCAGCGGCGUGAGCGCCGGCGUCGACGCGACGCUGGCCUGGAUGGCUGAGGUGUUUGGCGAAGCCGUGGCCGACGAGGUGGCCGCCGUCAUGGAGUGGACGAGGGUGAGGGCUUGGUGGGACGAUCCGUGGGCCGGGCACUACAAUUUGACGGGGCAGACCAAGGGAUGA